UAGGGAAAUAAUUGAAAAUGAAGAAAAGCUCCAAGUUGGUAUGCUUUCCAUUGUGAUGAAGCAAUAAGCAUCCACAUCUUACAUCUAGCUAGCAAGCAAGCUACUUGGUUGUGGUGUGUUCUAUCUGUGUCUCUAAUCUUCUCUCCUCUUCUCCUCUUUUCUCUCUCUUCAAGAUCAUGGGUUCCUCCUCUAGUAGACCCGCCACUCGCCCUUCUGCUUCUUCUACUCACAGGGUCAACCGCUUCAGAUUAUCGUCUCUUCUAUGUGGCACCUCCACCUCUCGCUCCAUUCAUCAGAUGGAAGAACAUUCAUCUGAACUUCAGGUUCAUUUAGCAAGAAAUUUUGAUGGUGAAAUUCAUAAAGUCACUGAGGAAUCAUCUUUAUCAUGUACAGAAGCUAGAAUUAGCUGCAGUCCCCCUGCUGAAACUUCAACUUCAUCUGAUAUGAGAACGGAAUUCCAUGGGAAUACUAGUGCUGGAAGUUCUUAUCGAAACGUUGCAACACAGAGUCAGAGGAACUGCUUGUCUGAACACGAGGAGCAAGCCCCUCCUUGUCAGGUAAGUGCUGGUCAUAGUGGUCGUGAAUCAUAUAGUGAUAGUAGCAACACAGCUAGUACUUCAUUUGUAGCACAGCAGUCUUCAGAUCCAGUCUCUGUAACUGUUUCUGCUAACAAGGAUGUAGUUAAUGACGUUAAUAAUCCAGUUGUUAGAGGUGGUGUCUCUCAAGUCUCUCAGGAGACAGUGCAUCAAAGAAGUUCAUCCCCUCAGGAGCGUGUGAAUUUCAGUUCUGGGGAAAUUUCUGUUGAGAAUCACACUAGUGCAUUCAUAUCUAUCCAAAAUUCUUCCAACUUUGUUUCUCAAGGUUCCAACUCAGCAGCAACUUCUCAAGGACCAGAAGAAGAACCAUGCCGUGAGACAAUACCUUCAGGUUUAGGUAUUCUUGUAUCCAAUCGGGAAAGAGGAACAGGAAAUGAUAGUGUGCUUCAAGUUGACGUGGUUACAAUAUCUUCCAACAUUUUGUCUGGAAGCAAUGCCGAUGCCAAUGAUCAUGACGCCAGAAGGAACGGUAGAAGAUUAUUUUGGGAUGCUUUUUCACGGCGUAGUUCUAGAAGGCUUGGUGAUUCUCCAACCAUUGUCUUCUCUACCGGAGGUGCCGAUGAUCCUGGAUCUCAAGAUCGAUGGCUAGUUGAUUUCGGUGGUGAUUUGUCAAAUGAUGGAGUUGGAGGAGCUUCUGCAUAUAUGGGCAGCAGAAUUCACAGAUUGAAUGAACGAAGAAUGCGGCACUCAAGAUCUGAGAUCUGGGAUAGGCUUCGUGGCGGCUUUGACGAGAUUGGGCGAUGGAAUUCAUGUCCACUAGGACUCCAUGCAGAUGGCAUGUGCUCAUGUGAGUCUUCCCCAAUGGCUGAGGAAUCAAGCACUCGAGCAAGUAUUUCAAGAAUAGUCAUGCUGGCUGAGGCUUUGUUUGAGGUUUUAGAUGAAAUCCAUCGGCAACCGGGAUCACUGUCUCUAUCCAUGGUCUCACUCCCUGCCCCUGAAUCAAUUGUUGAUUCCUUUCCCCUGAAAUCUCACAAAAAGGUUGAAAUGGCUGAAGGAGGCAAUGAUGUUGAACAAUGUUACAUAUGUCUGGCGGAGUACGAAGAAGGGGACCAAAUACGAGUUCUUCCUUGUCUCCACGAGUAUCACAUGUCAUGUGUGGAUAAGUGGCUUACAGAAAUACACGGUGUAUGUCCUCUGUGCCGUGGAAAUGUCUGUGGAGGGUUCACAGAGUCUUCUGCCAACUCAGAAGUGCAAUCUCACUGAAAUUGUACAUAAAAUGUAAAUAUUUAAAUUUAGACCAAGCUUCCAUUUGGGUCCUCUUAAAGAUACACACUUCACAUCAACAUUGUUCAAGCUAUUGUCAUACAUAAACUUCACCAAGAGACUGUUUUGGUGUCACCGAAAAUCUUCAAAGGACUAACUUGGCAUCACA